AUGCCGUUGGAUGUUGCGGUGGCGCCGCGCGCCGCGAGCGUCUUCGUUGCGCCUGCCUGCGUCUCGCCGAGAUCAAGAACAGCCCGACGGGUCUUGCUACUGCUGACGCCGCGGAACGAGACGAGAGCGUUCUCCGUCGUGCACGAGACGUUGUUCUGGCUGAACAGCGCCAUGAUGGUGGUGGGAUCGAGGUCGAUGUCGAACGUCUCCGAGGACUGGGUGAAGAGGCGGGGGAGAUCGCUGCCGACGGUGGCGUUCUUGCCGUUGAGUUCGGUAGUGAUGCAGCUGGCGUCGCCGGCGAUGGUGCAUCGCGAGCCGGUGAAGCCGUUUGUGCAGACACAGGAGCAGACGUCCGCGCUGGACACGCUGACACCGCCGUUUUCGCAGGGCGUCGUCUUUUCGCAGGUGUUGGCGCUGCUGGCGUGGCUUUUUGGGAUUGCGACGAGGAAAACUGGGACGAGGACGGCGACGAGGAUGAUAGCGAGGAUGAUGAAGAGCACCAGGACGAAGAGCCAGGGAGGCAUCCCGCAGCAGCGACGCUGGGGCCUCGCGUCUUUUUCUUGGUCGGCGCCCUCGUCGUGCGAGUCGAGGUGGUGCAGGGUCGAGCGUCGGAAGAAGACGGGCCACGAGGAGCGGUAUCCGUUUUCAGGGGUGGCAGCCGGCGGAGGGAAUGAGGCCAGGAUGCUACGGAUCGAGCCGGAUUUGCGGUACUCGUGGCCUGGUCAGAUUAGUAUGCGAGUUCGGUAUAUGGAGGGGCUGCUUUGGGGAAGACACCAGCUUCUUUUUCGAGAGCGGAGACAUCGCAGUUUUUCCGGGUCUAAGUGGGAGGAGGUGUCGGUAGAGGAGGUCAGGAAGGAAUCGCGCGGUGCUUUCGCGCUGCUGUCACCGCCAGAGACACCUUUCGAAAUAGCUGUCGGUGUAGCCUCCGCUGUGACAGCUUUGGAGGCCUCGUCCCGCGACGGCGCGGGCGAUUCAGUGGUAGAUCGCUGGAUCGUGCGGAGCGAGGGCUUUCCUCGCUUCCCCAAGCUGGCUUGUCGGACAAGACCCGUGCUGGCCUCGUGGAGGUCCUUCGGAUCGGAGUCGUCGGAGUCGACGUCCAGGUACGUGCCCAGGAUCUCGGACUCGGCGGGGCCCCGACCCCCAGCUGGAGGGGGAUUACUCUGCUGGAUGCGACGGAUCCUUGGAAUCCACGGGGACUUUCCUCGGGAAUGGGAGACACGGAGGAUCUACGCUUCAUGCUUGGGCGGGAGGUAG